UUUUGACGCUAACGGACCGACGCUAACUUGACACACAUUUAAAAGUGCACUUCUGGCGAGGAUUAUGACCACCGCCGGCACAGCCAAAUCCAAGGCCAAGUCCGAGUAUCCCACCUACGUGGUCUUGGGCUCCGGCGGCCAUACGGCCGAGAUGUGCCGGCUGACCCAGGCGCUAUUGCAGCAGGAGGAUGUCAAGCAGGCGGGGAAGUACCAGCCCAUACGCUUCAUCCUGGCCAGCAGCGACACCACAUCCGAGCGUCAGCUAAGGGAGGCCCUGCCAGUGCCCGUGGCAGCCCGCUCGGACUUUGUGAGGGUACCACGUAGCCGCAGCGUUGGACAAUCCUGGCUUAGCAGCAUCUUCACCACGCUUUGGGCACUCCUCUGGAGCUGCUAUUUGGUGUGGCAAGAUCGGCCGCAGCUAAUACUCUGCAAUGGUCCCGGCACCUGUGUGCCCUUCUGCUAUGCUGCCUAUCUGUGGCGGCUGCUCGGACGCCUGCCCGCUGGCUCCCGGAUCGUGUUCGUCGAGAGUUUCUGCCGGGUGGAAAGCCUUUCGUUGAGCGGACGACUGCUGCUGCCGCUGGCGGACCUAUUUGUUGUCCACUGGCCGGCACUGGCCACCCGAUAUUCGCACAAGCGAAACCUCCGCUACUUUGGUCGCAUUUUGUAACAUUAUUUAUUAAUUAAAGAGAUUAACGUAAAGGAAAACAA